UAAAUUCCAACCACCCACCCCAAACACAAUCCCACCUACAACUGUCAUGGCUGCCCCCUCUGUGUCAGGGUCUGUUCUUAUAAAACGUCAUUAUGCAGAACUGGUCGAAGCAAUUGUCAAUCCAACACAGCUAGCUAACGCAUUUUACUCUAAGGGGCUCAUAAAUCAGUCCUCAAGAAUGGACGCAGCCCUUCAGGGGAAGAACUCGCUCGAGAGAGCCAGCAAACUCCUCUCUGAUGUUGAGCGGGUUAUUAAGGCAUCUCCCCAAAAAUUUGAAAUUUUUUUGUCGGUUUUGAAGGAGCAGCUAACUACCGAUACAUUAAUAAAAGAAAUAGAGCGUCAGUAUAAUGGAGAAAUGACGUCGACCCCUCCCCUCACUGAUGAGUCAGACACUACUACUGUGAGAGCAAGGAAGGGAGAUGCAAAAAGAGAAGGAGGAGCAGGCACUACUCCUACUCAACAUACUGGUAUUGAGGAAACUGGCAAUGAGGAAAUAUCUUACUGGCCAGCAGUGAAAGGGAUCGGGGCAGUGAUGGUUGUCUCUUUAAUCAUUUGGUUCAUUUGUAUGUUCGUCUAUAGUAUGCCAGUAGUUAAGGAUCAAUUGGACAAAACUGCCGACGAGGCCCUCUAUUCUACCAUUCCAACUGGUAGCUGUCACAAGCUCAGCGAUCCCAAGUUAGCAUUCGAGGAGUUGCAUACGGAAAUAUCCAACUCCAAGGCUCUUGGAAUCCACCUUAAACUCCCAAGAGUUAAACUGGAAAUUAUUGAGAGGGAAAACCGAUCAGAGAUAGAGAAGCUCAUUGAUGUAUUACAUGCAUGUCACGAGCAAGACUUGUGUCCGUGCUGGGAGGAUAUAGUCAGCGCUGUGUCUAAAUACGGGAACAUGCGCAAAGCCAAAGAAAUUGAAAACAAAUAUAUCAUUAAUGGAAAUAAAAACUAAUUUUUAUACUUUUAUAUUUAUUAAUGAGUAUUAAACAAAAAACAAUGUAAAGUGUUCCAGUGUAUUUGAGACUACGUACUAGAUAUAAGUGAUUUAAAAAUA